AUGAAGAAGAUGACGAUGGGAGCUCUCUCGCUGCUGCUUCAUUGGGCAGGUGCACAGCGUCCGGGGAGCGAGGCCAGCGCGGUCAACGUCCUCUGCUGCGACUUCGUGGACGUCAGUCGCUUCUGCUCGCUGGUGAUCGGCCUUAACUACAAACUGCUGGCCGGAGACGGCGCGCUCGCCGCUUGUCCUCUCUGCAGGACGCCGACUGAAUCGUCCUCAGAUGUCUCCAACCGCACUGGAAAUCCAGCCUCAAAGAAACGUUGCGUGUUCAGCAUCAAACCGCAUCUCUUGACCCUCCAGGAUCUGUCUCCAGCUUCUUCAUAA